ACUAUCUUCUAUAUUAAUAUAGUAGAUUUGUGCUGUAUAAGUGAUUUGCUUGAAAAUAUUUUAUUUAGUAUAAUAAGGAUAUAUCUGCAGACAAUAUGACGGACUCGAAAUAUUUUACUACUACCAAAAAAGGUGAAAUAUUUGAAUUAAAAUCGGAGCUUAAUAAUGACAAGAAAGAAAAAAAAAAAGAGGCUGUUAAAAAGGUAAUCGCUAGUAUGACCGUAGGAAAAGAUGUUUCAGCUCUUUUUCCUGAUGUAGUUAAUUGUAUGCAAACAGACAAUCUUGAGCUUAAAAAGUUGGUUUACUUAUAUUUGAUGAAUUAUGCAAAAUCACAGCCUGAUAUGGCUAUUAUGGCGGUAAAUACAUUUGUAAAGGACUGCGAAGAUUCUAAUCCACUUAUACGGGCAUUAGCUGUUCGCACAAUGGGAUGCAUACGUGUAGAUAAAAUAACGGAAUAUUUAUGCGAACCUUUACGCAAGUGUUUAAAAGAUGAAGAUCCUUAUGUUCGAAAAACUGCAGCAGUAUGUGUCGCUAAAUUGUACGACAUAUCAUAUUCAAUGGUAGAAGAUCAAGGAUUCUUGGAUCAAUUGAAGGAGUUAUUGUCUGAUUCAAACCCAAUGGUCGUUGCUAAUGCUGUGGCUGCUCUUAGUGAAAUUAAUGAAGCAAGUCAGUCAGGUGAACCUCUUGUUGAAAUGAAUUCAGUAACGAUUAAUAAACUGCUUACUGCUCUCAAUGAAUGCACCGAGUGGGGUCAAGUGUUUAUAUUAGAUUCAUUAGCUAAUUAUAGUCCUAAGGAUGAAAGAGAAGCACAAUCGAUUUGUGAACGUAUUACACCACGUUUAGCACAUGCAAAUGCAGCAGUUGUUUUGAGCGCUGUUAAAGUUUUGAUGAAAUUAUUGGAGAUGCUUUCAAGUGAUAGUGAUUUUUGUGCUACUUUGACGAAAAAAUUAGCUCCGCCUUUGGUUACACUUCUCUCUUCGGAACCUGAAGUUCAGUAUGUAGCAUUGCGGAAUAUAAACCUAAUUGUGCAAAAACGUCCUGACAUUUUAAAGCACGAAAUGAAAGUAUUUUUUGUAAAAUAUAAUGACCCUAUAUAUGUUAAACUUGAGAAAUUGGAUAUUAUGAUACGUUUAGCUAAUCAAAGUAAUAUUGCCCAGGUUCUCAGUGAGUUAAAAGAGUAUGCUACAGAAGUAGAUGUUGAUUUUGUACGCAAAGCAGUAAGGGCAAUAGGAAGAUGUGCAAUUAAGGUUGAACCAUCGGCAGAACGUUGUGUUUCCACUUUACUUGAUCUUAUUCAAACAAAAGUUAACUAUGUUGUACAAGAAGCUAUUGUAGUAAUAAAAGACAUAUUUCGCAAGUAUCCAAAUAAGUAUGAGAGUAUUAUAAGUACCUUAUGCGAAAAUUUAGAUACACUUGAUGAACCAGAAGCGAGAGCAUCAAUGGUUUGGAUAAUUGGAGAGUAUGCUGAGCGUAUCGAUAAUGCGGAUGAAUUAUUAGAUAGUUUUCUGGAAGGGUUUCAAGAUGAGAAUGCACAAGUGCAACUUCAGUUACUUACUGCUGUCGUAAAGUUGUUUUUAAAACGUCCAACAGAUACGCAGGAGUUGGUACAACACGUUUUGUCACUAGCUACGCAAGAUUCUGAUAAUCCUGAUUUACGUGACCGUGGUUUUAUUUAUUGGCGUUUGCUUUCUACAGAUCCAGCUGCAGCUAAAGAAGUAGUGUUGGCCGAUAAACCUUUAAUUUCAGAAGAAACUGAUCUCUUGGAACCUACUCUUUUAGAUGAAUUAAUAUGUCACAUAAGUUCUCUUGCAAGUGUAUACCAUAAACCACCAACUGCAUUUGUAGAAGGACGAGGAGCUGGAGUUCGUAAAUCCUUGCCUAACAAAAGUACUGUAGUUACAAGUGGAAAUGAAGCUUGCGGUGAAGCGAUGGUAAUACCAAAUCAAGAUUCCUUAAUAGGCGAUUUAUUAUCAAUGGAUAUUAAUGCACCCACAAUUCCUGUCUCAUUGCCAAGUGCAAGCAACGUGGACUUGCUGGGUGGUGGUUUAGAUGUGUUGCUUGGUGGUGGACCAACUGAAGCCGUUGCUGGUAGUAGUAGUUUACUGGGAGAUAUUUUUGGCCUUUCCGGUACACCUCUGAGUGCAGGUGUCCAAAUACCUAAAAUUGUUUGGUUACCAGCAGAAAAAGGAAAGGGACUUGAAAUUCAAGGCACAUUUUCGCGAAGAAAUGGAGAAAUUUCAAUGGAUAUGACACUUACAAAUAAAGCAAUGCAAUCAAUGACUGGUUUUGCAAUACAGCUAAAUAAAAAUAGUUUUGGUUUGUUGCCAUCAUCUCCACUUCAGGUAGCACCACUACCACCAAAUCAAAAUUGCGAUAUAAGCUUACCUCUGGGUGUUCAAGGUCCAGUACAGCGUAUGGAACCAUUAAAUAAUUUACAAGUUGCUGUUAAAAAUAACAUUGAUAUAUUCUAUUUUGCUUGCCUGGUACAUGGCAACGUGUUAUUUGCGGAAGAUGGACAGUUAGAUAAACGUGUAUUUCUUAAUACAUGGAAGGAAAUACCUGCAGCAAAUGAACUUCAGUAUAGUUUAAGUGGAGUUAUUGGCACCACUGAUGGCAUUGCUUCUAAAAUGACUACAAAUAACGUUUUUACAAUUGCUAAACGCAAUGUAGAGGGCCAAGACAUGCUUUACCAAUCACUCAAACUUACAAACAAUAUAUGGGUCCUACUUGAAUUAAAACUUCAGCCUGGCAAUCCGGAUGCAACACUCAGCUUAAAAUCUCGAUCUGUUGAAGUCGCUCCUAUGAUAUUCGCCGCAUAUGAAGCCAUUAUACGUUCACCAUAAAUAAAAUUUAUCAAAUUUUCAAAUGACUUCAUCCAAUAAAGGUACUCUUCAAAUGAAA